AAAUAGAACCAAAUAAUGCCGAAACAUUGAGGAUUCGUGGAGACACUUACUUAAGAUUAAAUAAUUACAAUAAAUCUCUUUCAGAUCUUAAUAAAUCCCUAGAAAUAGAACCAAGCAAUGCUGACACAUUGUUCAUUCGUGGAACAACCUACGGAAUGUUGAAAAAAUAUAACGAAUCUAUUUCGGAUCUUAAUAAAUCACUAGAAAUAGAACCAAACAAUGCCGACACAUUGAGAAUUCGUGGACAAACCUACAGAAUGUUGAAUAAAUAUAAUGAAUCUCUUUCAGAUUUUGAUAAAUCACUAGAAAUAGAACCAAAUAAUGCCGAAACAUUGAGGAUUCGUGGAGACACUUACUUAAGAUUAAAGAAUUACAAUAAAUCACUUUUGGAUCUUAAUAGAUCCCUAGAAAUAGAACCAAACAAUGUCGACACAUUGAUCAUUCGUGGAAUAACUUACAGAGUGUUGAAUAAAUAUAAUGAAUCACUUUCAGAUCUUAAUAAAUCACUAGAAAUAGAACCGAAUAAUGCCGAUGCAUUGAGGAUUCGUGAAGAAACUAACAGAAUGUUAAGUAAGUACAACAAAUCACUUUGA